AUGAAUUGCUCGCAAAUGAGUGAAAUGAAGCGAAGGUCACGAUUGGCUGACUGUGGGCUGAAUGGGCUCUCAUUGGCUUCAUAUGUGAUGUGCGAUGAGUUCACUAUUGCAGUGAAGGGAGGGACAUCCAUUGCACGAGUGAUGACCGACGCAAACAUUUGUGGCAUAAAUCGUGUCCACAAUUACUAUCUGUGGGCCGUUUCGGCCGUCUAUUUGUUCGCCUUCUCAUCCAUUUAUCUCCAAAUACCGGGUCUUUAUGGUGAUGAUGGCGUACUGCCGGUGCGAGCCUUUGCACAGUUGGAUAAGAGGGGGUCGACAGCACUGGUGGACGCCUUCAGACAAGUGCCGUCUCUCGUAUGGUUGGGCCCAACCAUUGGCCUGUCGUUGACCUCAGCUCUGGAGGUGAUAGCGUUGAUGGGAAUCGUUGUCUCAUUCCUCCAGUUGGUGCUCAAGUCGUUCCGUGACUUUUGGUGGUAUUCCCUGUCGCUUGUGCUCUACUUCUCUAUAUAUCAGGUGGGCCAGACGUUCAUGUGGUUCCAAUGGGACACUCUCUUACUGGAGGUCGGCCUACUCACUGCCCUCACAGCCCCGUUAAAGCUACCAUUCCUGGUGGAGUCGGGUCCACACACUGGACUCACCUUUUGGUUGGUCCGGUGGCUACUGUUCCGCCUGAUGUUCGCGUCGGGUGUGGUUAAGCUGACCAGUGGUUGUCCCACGUGGUGGGGGCUCACGGCUCUGGACAUACACUUUGAGUCUCAAUGCAUUCCCACUCCUAUCGCGUGGUUUGUCCACCACUUCCCCUCCCCUUUACUCAAGUUAUCAGUUGUCAUGACUUAUGUCAUCGAAAUAGUGGUUCCCUUUUUGUUCUUCAUCCCAAUCAAGAAUCUAAGAAUUUUUGCGUUUGUAAUGCAAGUCAUCUUUCAGUUGGCAAUCAUUUUGACCGGAAAUUACAAUUUCUUCAAUAUCUUGACUACUGUUCUCUGCCUUUCAAUACUAAACGACUCGCACCUCAAGAGUCACUCAUCGAGUACUGCGUCCAACACUGAACUAAAGCCCAAGUUUUUAAUGCCUAAACUGAUGACAAAAGUGAUCACUUAUUUCAUAUACUUCUCACUAAUCUAUUGGACCAUUCAUUUGUUUAACAUUAACUGGAACGCCGGCACCCUAUCUAUAAGCGUAAACUUCAAUAACAAUGAAUUGAAUGAAUUUAUCCUUUGGGCGCUUCCCAUCUCCAUAUCGUUGGCCACACUCUCUCUGGUCUCCAAUAUAUUGAAAGCGUUUUCGAGAUGCCUUAUUUUGCCGACAAAUGGUUUCACUCGAAUAGUGAACCUAUUCUACACCACACUAUACGUGAGUGCAGUGGUGUUCAUGUUCUGCAUAUCACUGGUGCCGCACGUGAGCGUAGACCCCACCCACUCAGUCAAGUUAUGGCCGGUCAUCCAUCGGUGGCAUAAAUCGGUCGAUAAGUUCCCGGUUGUCAACAGUUAUGGUCUCUUCAGACGCAUGACUGGAGUGAAUGGCAGACCAGAGCUGGUUAUUGAAGGCAGUGAUGACAUGUCUUCAGUUAGCGGUUGGAAAGCCUAUCAUUUUCUCUAUAAACCGGGAGAUAUCACAAAAGCGCCCAAAUUUAUCAUUCCACAUCAACCACGACUAGACUGGCAGAUGUGGUUCGCGGCUCUGGAUAACUAUCAGAACAAUCCAUGGCUUAUGAAUCUCUGUUACCGUUUGCUGACCGCACAGCCAGAAGUGUUGGAUCUGUUAGACAAGAGUCAACUGCCUUUCAAAAAGGCGCCCAAAUUUAUAAGGAUCCGGUCGUAUACCUACCGCUACACAGGCAAGAAUGCGAAGAACUGGUGGCGAAGGGCUGAUGAGAAGGAAUACGUGCCGCCCGUCAGUAAAGAAUCGUUGGAUAAGUUUAUUAAAGCCAAUGGCAUAGAGACUGUACGCACGAUAGACCUGACAGACAAACACCCGUUUGUCACCAAAACGUUGGCAUUUGUGCGCAAACUGUGCACUCAAUUGAACUCAACUUCGUUUAUAUAUUCACUGUUUUCCGUCGCACUCUUAAUCGCAAAUUUCUAAUUUAAAACUAAAU